CACUUUCUUGCAUUAUAAUUUCUCCUUCCGGGCAGCUUUGUAGCUGGUAACCUGUUGUUUGAAUGUGGGAUUCUUCUUUUCUACCAUGAAGGUUUCGGUGUUGAAUACAGUGGAUACCUCGCAUGAGGAUAUGAUCCAUGAUGCACAAAUGGAUUACUAUGGCAAGAAGCUUGCAACAUGUUCAUCUGACAGGACAGUGAAAAUCUUUGAAAUAAAUGGAGCAACUCAAACUUUAGUCACUACUCUGAGAGGACAUGAAGGCCCUGUCUGGCAAGUUAGUUGGGCACAUCCUAUGUUUGGAAAUCUCUUGGCUUCAUGUUCUUAUGAUAGGAAGGUUAUUAUUUGGAAAGAAACUAGCAAUGGAUGGGCAAAACUUCAAGAAUUUUGUAAUCACGAUUCUUCAGUGAACGCUAUAUCUUGGGCUUCUCCAGACUACGGUUUGAUGUUAGCUUGUGGUUCAUCAGAUGGCUCUAUCUCAAUUUUAAGUAGUUCAGGUGAUGGAACGUGGGAAACAAAGAAAAUAAAUAACGCACAUACGAUUGGUUGUAAUGCUGUUAGCUGGGCACCUUCAGUCUCACCAGGAUCAUUGCUAGAGCCUGGAUCAAAGUCAAGUGGGUUAGUCAAAAGAUUCGUCACCGGUGGAUGUGAUAACUUGGUAAAAGUAUGGAAAGAGGUUGAUGGCCAGUGGGUGGAGGAAGAAAAACUAGAAGCACACAGUGACUGGGUUAGGGAUGUUGCCUGGGCUCCUAAUGUCGGACUUCCUGUCAGCACCAUAGCAACCUGCUCUCAGGAUUGUCGCGUAGUAAUCUGGACAAAAAAUGAAGUUGGAGGAGGAUCAUGGACUUCAAAGGUUUUAAAAAAGUUUGGUGAUGUUGUGUGGCAUGUGAGUUGGUCAGUCACUGGAAACAUUCUAGCUGUAUCUGGUGGAGACAACAAGGUGAGCUUAUGGAAGGAGUCACUGGAAGGACAGUGGGUUUGUGUUAGUGAUGUGUACAAAGGUCAAGGUCAGGAGCCUCAAUGAUGUCACAGUGAUGUCACAUAGCCUUAUAUAGACGAAGAACAUUUUUUAAAUAACUAGAGAGAAAUUGUACAUGAUGCAUCCAAAAUACAUUGGUCUUAUUCUAAAGACAUUGGUGGAGUUUGUUGGACAGCAGGCAUGUUAAAGAACUGCAACUUUGGUUGGUCUGAAGAAGGAGUACAGGGCGCCUUACAAUGCAGAGUCUCUUUUUUGUUGCAAAUUUUAUAAACGGUUGUGGAGUGGUCUAUAUUAUCCAUGGCUUGACUGGCAACAUUAAAUGUGACAUGCUUGUGAAAUGAAAAACCACUUUAUUCUCUAAGUUGACUGCUAGAACGACAUACAAGUAGUUAUUACCUUCUUCAAAACUCCUCCUCUGUGCAUAAACAUUACUUGCUGUUGUUCACUGACCUGACGGUUUCUACAUGUAUAAUAGUGAAAUAAAACUGGUUUCUUAUGCAGAUGGAAA